UGUUAACUACAUUGAAAGAUAACCUCAAAUUUGUUUUUAGUUUUAAGAAUUUAGAUAUAAGUAUUUUACAAUAAUUUUAUUUAAAAAAUGUGCACUUCUUUAGAUGAGAACGACAUGGCAUCUCUAAGGAUUCAUGUGAACGUUGAUGAUACUUUAAAAAUGUUAAACGAUAAAGUGGAGGCGUUAUACAGAUUCCGUGAUCAUUACUUUGAGAAUCGUUCAAUCGACGAAGCAAAGCACAAAAAUCAGGCAGUGCAGAAGGUGUUAGACGAUACAUUGGCAUUGUUAAACGAACAUCAAGACCUGGUGGUGAAGGCCCACAGAGCUACAUUUUACUAUUUGAAAGGUAAAGCCUUAAACGUUUUACCUCACUACUCUAAGGAAGCGGAAGAUUUCCUGUCCAAGGCUGUAAAAUUAGAUCCAAAACUAGUGGAGGCGUGGAACGAAUUAGGCGAAUGCUAUUGGAAAAAUGACAAUAUUAAGGAAGCGGAAAACUGUUUUAAUGGAGCUUUAAAUAAUGGUAAGAAUAAAGUGUCUCUUAGGAAUUUAUCAAUGACAUCUAGACAGAAAUCAGUUGCAAACGCAGAGGAAAAACGAAAAAUUGUCGAGUAUGGUUUAUCUUUGGCUAAGGAGGCCGUGCAACUUGAUCCGAAUGAUGGCCUCUCGUGGAUUAUUCUAGGAAAUGCACAUUUAUCAUCAUUUUUCGGCUUAUCACAGUCUCCUAAGACAUUAAAGUUAUGCUUGAACGCAUAUAUACACGCAGAAAAAGACAUUGCUGCCAAAAGUAAUCCAGAUUUACACUACAACAAAGCGAUUACCUUGAAGUACCAGGAAGAAUUCGAAAUGGCCUUGAACUCUUUCAAUAUUGCGUCAUCGUACGAGCCAGGCUGGGAUCCGCCGAAAGUCCAAACCACUCAGUUGGAAAAAUAUUUGGAGCAAGUUACGGAUUUCGUCAAUAACUCCGGUAGAAUGAAAGCUAAGCGAUUACAGCAAAUUACACAGUCCAUAGAUGCCAAACAACUAGGACCAUAUGGUGGCGGAUCUUAUACGUCACUCAGCGGACGGACCACCGUCAAAUUGGAACACAUCGAAUUCGAAGAUCUACAAGAGGGAUUAAAUGAGGAAAAGGUCAUUCUGGGAAAAGUAGUUUGUUCUGUCUACAAUGAAGACGGAGUACCUUUUACAUUCUGUUUGGUCAGUAAGUUAGGAACUUGUCUCGCCGUCACCGUUUUUAAUUUGGCUGAAAGUCGAGGAGUGAUCAUUGGCGAUUCGGUGGCUAUUCCCGAACCGUACGUCACUGAUGUAGAUUUUAAAUACGGCAAUAAGAGGUUCAAAUUUCGCCUUAUUCGCGUCGAGACCCCUCGAGUAAUGGUGGUAAACGGCAAAAAACUAGGGAAAGACACACAAGCUUGUGUUCAAAUGUCAAUAUUUAAGAAAUUCACCUGAUCUUCGACUAAUCGUACAGUGACCGGAUCGCUACUUAAAAUUCUGUGAUUAACUUUAUAAUGUCUGAUUAUUUUUUAACUUUACUUAGUAUAGUGGACCAAUUAAUUAAAAAAAACAUGUCGGAAAUUUGUAAGUUGUAUUUCUAAACCCUUCUCUUCUCUCGAAGACAUAAAUCGCUUUAUUUUA